AUGGCAAUGCCUGCUUUCCACUGCGGUGAUGCGGCGAAGCCCUCGCUGGAGACGCCCUCCAGCCUGCCGGCUGUGCACCUGCAGCUACACAUGGUCGAGAGCGCCAUCGCCAAUGCGGAGCGGGAUUUGGAGGCCAGUUGGCUGAAUGCCUGCUUUCCACCGCCGGCUCAUGGCCUCUACAUUGAUGAGGAGUGGGGCUUCGCCGGCGCGCCCCAACUGCGACGGUGCUCCGAGGCCUUGACCGACUUCCGUGACGCACGGCAGAAGCUGUUGUUUCGGCUGGAAGAGCUGUCCGACGAGCCUCAGGGCAGCCGGCAGGCAGACCCUGAGGCAACUGCAGAGGAGGGCAUGAAGGAGAAAGUCCGACAUUUGGAGUUCAAGCUAGCAGAUGCCGAAUCCUGGAACGACAAGAUGAGUGAAGCGAUGCAGAAGCUCCUGCAGAAACAGGCCGUGCUCGAGCAGUCGGUGCAGUCUCUGGAGGCACAGUGCGCUGAGCUUCAGCACCAGAAGGGCGCUGCGGAAUCCUGCAAGGAUCAGGCUCAGCGGUGGUUGGAGAGCGAGCGGCUAGCACAUCGGGCGGCGAUGGAGCAGCUGCGCGCGGAGAACGUGAAGUUGCAGAUGGAGAAUGCGGCGCUUGCUGAGUGCCAGCUCCUGCAACAGCUGCGUGCUGAUAGACUGCAGGAGGAGAAUGACAAGCUUCGAGGCCUCGAAGUCCAUCCAGAGAUGUCUCGGGUCGUAUCUGCAACAGACUGCGACGCGUGCAGCGACGUUUCGUCCUGGGUUUGCGUGCCAGGCAGCGGGCGGCACGCUUUUGUGGCGGGGACUACGCUGAAGGUCAAGGUCGGACAGGCGUUUGAGUACCUGCAGGCCAAGGAUCUUCAGAAAGGAGCGCAAGUAGUGGCCGCUGAUGACCAGACGCUUUUGGAGGUUCUCGAUGUCCCAGAGACGCAGAGCUCCACAGAGGUGGUGGAGCUGUGGACGCGGGAUCGGCGGCUCGGCCUUCACGGGCCUUGCUAA